AUGGCAAUCAAAACCGCCCAAAACAACCAAGCCAUCCACUUCCGCAACCUCCACGCCCCAGGCCACCCAAUCCUCCUCACAAACGUCUAUGACGCAGCAACAGCCUCUUUAAUCGCAAACCACCCCUCCACAAAAGCAAUCGCAACCGCAAGCUACGCCAUCGCCGCCUCCCAAGGUAUCCCCGAUGACGCUCUAACCCUACCGCGAAACAUAGCCUCUGUUCGCUCCAUAGCAGCUAUCUUAAAGCCCAACACACUUCCAGACAACAAAGACUCGGCUGAAAACACAACAACGCUUCCCCUAACAGUCGACGUCCAAGACGGCUAUGCCGACGUCGCCGAAACGAUCAGGGAGGUCAUCAGUCUGGGCGCAGUCGGAUGCAACAUUGAAGAUCUAGAUGGUGCUACGGGACAGUUACGACCUUUGUCGGAGGCCGUGGCGCGGAUUGAACUGGCGGUUCGGACUGCUGCGGAGCUCGGCGUUCCUGAUUUUGUGGUCAAUGCGAGGACAGAUGUCCUGGCGGAUAACCCCGGUGGCAAACCGGGAAGUAUUCAAAAUGCUAUUGAGAGGGGGCGGGCUUUUUUGAAGGCCGGGGCUUGUACUGUGUUUGUUUGGGGUGGGGCGGGUGGAAGGGGAGUGUCGAAGGAGGAGAUUAAGGAGUUGGUUGUCGCUUUUCAGGGGAGAUUGAAUGUGAAGCUGGUGCUGCGAGAUGGGUUUUUGACAGUACCGGAGGUGAAGGAGCUGGGUGUCGCGAGGAUUAGUUUGGGGCCGGAGCUGUAUCGAGCUGCGAUGAGCGGGUUUAUGCAGAAGGCGGAUGGGGUGUUGGCUUCGUAUAGUUGA